AUGUUCCCUGCAGCCUGGACCGACAAGUCCACUGGACACCGCAUCCGCCGCCUAUCGACCGAGCCCGGCACGUCUACUCUCUACUUCAACUACUCCUCCUUCACUCCAUCCGGUGACUAUCUCAUCGUCUCCACCCCUACCUGUAUCUCAAAGACCUCUCUUUCUACAUUCGAGACCACUCCCAUCAUAUCCAUCUCGACACCGUUCAAGCUCCUCUUCACCGGCCGGAAGACCCGCACGGCAUACUACUCGCUGCAGGCGCACGCGACGCAGGGGUACACUGCCAAGACUAUUUGCGCGGUCGACAUUGAUACGGGCGUAUCCAGGGUGGUGUGUGAGGUGGAGAAGGGAAAUAUCCAGGCGCUGAAUGCGGACGAGACUCUGCUCGCUGGGGUAGAUAUCGAUCUGCCCCCGGACCACCCUCGGAUCGCCAACCUGCAGAUCUCGCAGCCGCGGGAUCCGCGCUUUGAUCAGGUGGACUUUCGGGCGAAGUGGCCAGAUGGGACGGAUAUGUGCUAUGCGGAUGCCAAGGAGGUGGGGCUGGACGAAAGGCUGGAGGCGGGGAUCCACAUGAAGCUAUUCGUGGUGGAUACGGCGACGGGGAUCAGGCGGGACGUCUACUCGUCGACGGACUGGCUCAACCACCUCCUCUUCUCACCCACGGACCCGCACGCCCUGAUGUUCUGCCACGAGGGGCCAUGGCACAAGGUGGAUCGGAUGUGGGUACUGCGCCUGGACCAACAUCCGCCCGCCCCGGUCAAGGUGCACGAGAGGGAGAUGAACAUGGAGAUAGCGGGGCACGAAUGGUGGUCGCAUGACGGGCGGACAAUCUACUACGACCUCCAGACUCCUCGCGGACUCGUCUUUUGGCUCGCAUCGUACAAUAUCAUCACGGGCGAGCGGAGGCGGUAUCACCUCAAGCCCGAAGAAUGGUCCGUCCACUUCAACUCUAGUCCCACGGCCGACCUCUUUUGCGGGGACGGAUCGGACGAUACCAUGGUCUCCCAUACCAAAGGCGCAACGUGGCUGUACCUCUUCACGCCGCGUGCGGUGCCAGACGUGGCGGGGAUCAAGGCGAAGAAUGCGGAUCAGCUGGUCAAGGCGGGGUAUCUGGAGAGUAGGCGUUUGGUGGAUCUGGCGGGGCAGGACUAUCGGUAUGAGCCGAACGCGAUGUUCUCGCCGAAUGGGAAGUGGGUGAUCUACCGGUCGAACAUGGGUGGGGAGAGGCAUGUGUACGCGGUAGAGGUGGAGAAGAGAUGA